AGAAUUUUCUGUUACUAUUUAUGUUUAUGUUACCGAGAGCGACGAACGGAGAUAGAGAGAAAUGGACACUGCCAUCUUAUAGAGUAUAAAAAAAUAGAGUAGGAAGCAAUACAGGUAUAUCUGCAGAGGCCUCGUAUUUACCAGGAAAUUACGAAAAUUCCCAGUGUGUGUCACCACUCAGAGACAAAGUCUGCAAUACUCUCACACGGGCACAGUUCUUAAUGUCAAGUUUUCUGUAAGUUUGCACAAAGUGUUAGUAAAGAAAUAUGAGCAUACCAACAUUCAUAAAGACAGAGUGGUGGGGGCAAGGAAAAGCCAUUCUAAAAUUCUCUGCUACUGAAGCAAGUGGAGAAAAUGCAGAGGACAAGGAUAAGGGAGGUGGUAUCAUUGAGUGCUACAUAUCUUCUGUAAAGAUCAGAGAAUAUUCAGAGAAAUGCCCAAAGAGGAAUAAUGAACAAGAAGAAAGUAAAGCUGUUGAAGAAUUGAAGACUGAAACAUAUCCUCCAGAUGUGCCUUUAGAGACAUGGCAAGACUGGUUGAAUCACUGGGAAUUAUGGAAGGAAGUGUACAUCUCACUCUCAUGGGUGAACAAGUAUAGAAAACUCUGCAAACCUGAUUAUAUCCAGUGGUAUGACUCAUAUAUAGAAAAUUACCCUGAUAUUUUACCUUUGAUUUUAGAGGGCCUUGGAGAGGUAACAGAAGACCUUGAGUUUUUCCAAGAGGAUUCAGUUAUGGAAGUAGAAGCACAGACACAAAAAGGAAAUGAGAUUAACACUGAUUUCAGUGACAGUGACAAAGCUAACCCUAAUCUAAAAACAAUUGAGAAGUCAGACAAAAAAAAGAAGUUAGAUGCUCUCUAUGACAAACAUUCGGAAGAAAGAUACUGGAUACAUUUGAGAAGGUUCUUGUUACUGAGUGGUAUAACUAAAACAGACGAACUUGAAGAGUUUUUCAACAUAUCUGCAAACCUCAAAUAUUCUGACACUGAAAAUUACAACAAUGCAAAUGAGGGUGCUCUGGAGGAAGAAUCCUGUUACAAUACUUCAGAAAAUGAUUCACUGUUGCUUAAGACAGACAAAGAUCCAAGAACUGCAGAUAACUUUCCAACGUAUAGCAGUGAAGAAGACUUUUCUUCAAACAAAAGCAGUAGUAAGGCAUCUAGAAAAUCAGAUGAUGAUUCUUAUGAAUAUGAAGAGCAUAUAGAGAAGAAAUUUAAAAGUGCAAGUGAAGAACAAGAUAACACAAAUAAAGAAGAAAAUGAAAAUGAGUACUCUCUCCAAGCAAAGAUGCUGGAACAAGAAGAAACAGAUGAUUUUGAUAUGGAUGAAGUAGCACAAGUAAAGAAAAGGGAACCCACGAGGAGAAACAGAAAGAAGCCAAAGAACGCUGGGCUAAGUAAUACAUCGGGGUUAGCAUGGGCUCUACAGAUUCUUCAGAAGCAUAGUGAUGGCACAGGAAACACAGAUGAAAAUGAAACACAUAUAGAAAGCCUGAGAGAUUCUGAAACUCAAGUUGCUAUACCAAUGGACAGCUCCAUGGCUAGUUUCAGUGAUGAGCUUAACAAGAACACAUGUCCUGAUAUUUCCCCAAGUUUGGAUGGGAAACAUUCUAAAACAGAGGCCUCUCCAGUGAAUGAAAGUGUUACUAAUACUAAACCUGAUAGCUAUAAAGGAAGUACCAGUAAUAGGAGUAAUAGUCUGGGAAUAGGAGAAAAUAAAAGUGAUAUUCAAACAUUACAAGAUUCAGAACAGAUGGUAACAAGCAGUAAGGACGACAAAAAUGAGAUGGAAAAGCAGAAAAGUGGAAAGUUUGUUGAUUCAAAAAUAUUUGGAUUGCUGAAGAGGUUCACUGAUAUUUAUUUGAUUCAUGGCAUAAGAAUUCUGUAUCCAGUCAUUUCAGAUCCACUAUUUGGAAUGAUAAGGCUGAUACUACCAUCCCAACCACAACCUUCACGUAGCUGCAAUGAACCUGACUUGAAUUCUGAAGGCUCAAGAAAAACACGGUCCCAGAGGAGGAGCCAUAAUAAUGCCCAAAAUAAAUUCUCACUGUGGUUAAAGCCUGUAGCCUUUGAUUAUAUGGAUGGCUAUGGAUUUAAGGAAUUACAUUUAGAAGAGUUUGAAGAAUUUGAAGAACCAAGGGAGCACAAGUUGUAUAUCAGAAAGUGGAAGAAAAUGGACCAGGAGAUCUGCAUCUUCUUACUCUGAAUUUGUAUGAUUUAGCAGCAGAAGCAAAGAAUAUGACUGAGGAACCAUUGAAAAGAACUCAUAUAACUUUUGAUGAGGAACAAACAUUGUUGAAACCACUAGCACUUACGUAGACAUGCCAACAGAUAGGAAUACCAGUGUUCAGAGGAGGAAAUUUGGAAUCAGCUGACACAAGGAUAUACCCAGACGAAGUACAAAGUUGGGGCUACUAAUCCAGUUUGAUAACCAAAAGGGAUUGUAAAAAUG